AUGGUCGUCGGAAGCUGCAUAUCCAGACUGAGGCCGCUCCUUCCGUCACAAUGGAGCCGUUGUUCCUCCAACAAAGUGCGUGGCCUUGUGUUUCGAGAGGCGGUGGCAGCGGACAUGGCAUCGGUGUUAGCGCUCCGCUGCGAGGUGUACCGUGGCCUCGACUACCUGCCGGACUAUUUCCACUUCUUUAUCAACGACAAGAACAGGCGCUGCGUAUUAGGCGAAAUCAACGGAAAGCCUGUUGUGUUCGGUGUGAUGUUGAUACUGGAUGGUGGUCGGUCAAUGCUCGGGCAGGCGGGGCGCGUCCACGAAAAGUACGAGAGGCGAGGAUUGUUUGGCGCCAUGAGUGGGUUACUGAACGCUAUCGCACAUGCCAGUGGCUGCCAGGUGCGCGUUGCCAUGGUUGAGGCCACACUCAACAAAUACGCUAGGUCGGAGAAGUUCCGGAAAACACACGUCGAAAUCACAUCGAAGUUACAUUAUGCUGGAGUGGUUAACCACGUGGUAAGAGAUGCCAUUGAACACAUCGUCAGCUCGUGUCAAAAUUCCCUGAGGAACAUCACUCUUGUGGAUACGGAUCACUUGCUUGAAUGUUUUAUCAAAGAUGAGAUAGUCAACACGUACCUAUUCCCAAACAAGAGAAUGCUUGUUGAUUACAUUCCUUAUCAAGCUAUUGAACAAAACGUUCAUUUUCUGAGAGGAAUGAACACGCAAUAUUUUUCUUCAGUGAGAAUAAUCAAUGGAGAAGUACGAGGGCUGCUCUCUGCCGGAAGUAACUUUGCCUGCUCCCGUCCCCCGGAGUCUUAUACCAUUGACAUUUUCGGCACAGAUUAUACAGACUUAGAGUCUCAUAUAGUGUUCCAUCUUUCGCGUGCUUUGGAAUUGACAAAGUGUGAAUUUUGUCUACAAAUAUUUGUUGAAAAGGGAUAUAUAUCCCAGGAAUUGUGCAACAUACUGCUAAAGUUGGAUCUUCCAAAGUGUAGUUGGUAUGUCGAAGGAGGAGUGUGUACAAAAUACAUCGUUGAAGAUGUAUUAAAAAAUAGAUAGUUAUUUUGUUCAUUCUGAUAUUUGUACACGCUUGUUUCAAUGUUCUAAAUAUGCAUUAAUUGAAAACUGUUCAAUAUAAUCAGGCAACAUGUAUUUAUGCGUAUAGCCAUUUUGA